AUGGUGGAGGCUAUGAAAGAGAAGUUCAACAAAUACUGGGAAGAAUUCAGUGACAUAUUAGCAAUUGCGGCAGUUCUUGAUCCUCGACUGAAGCUUGCAUUUCUAGAGUAUUGUUACAAUAUUCUAGAUCCAGACACUGUCAAAUUGAACAUGGAGUAUAUUCGUGAGAAGAUGGGCUUUUAUGCUUACUUCUCUCAAAAGACCGCCGGUGGUAGUGGGAAAUCACCAUUAGACAUAUACUUGGAUGAGCCAGUGGUUGAUAUGGAAAGCUUUAGAAGUUUGGAUGAUGUGUCAUACUGA